GGGGGGCCCUGCAAGAUGAAGAGAGUCCGCACGGUCUUCAAACCAGAGCAGCUGGAGCGGCUGGAGCAGGAGUUCCUCAAGCAGCAGUACAUGGUGGGCACCGAGAGGGUGGACCUGGCUGCAACCCUGCAUCUCACGGAGACACAGGUCAAAGUCUGGUUCCAGAACCGCAGGAUCAAGUGGAGGAAGCAGAGCAUGGAGCAGAAGGCGGCAAAGCUGUCGCAGUUCGGGGUGAUCCAGCCGGCCAGCGCUGACUCCACGGACAGCAAGGACCACCAGGAGGACACCGUGGACGUGGAGCUUUGA